AUGCCAGAUGCGUACCAGUGCCGGACAUCCGAAAAAGGAGCGCCCGAGGGGCGGGAAGCCUAUUCCUGGGCGGUGCUGCAGUCUGGGAAGGACUUGGUAGGCGUCGCAAAGACCGGCUCCGGCAAGACCUUGGCCUUUCUUCUUCCGGGCUUCGUCAAGCUCAGGAAGCUCAAGAAGAGCCAAGAUAUCGACACCAAGCUGGGGCCCGCGCUGUUGUGCAUGACGCCGACUCGCGAGCUGUGCCAUCAGAUCUACUCAGAUGCGGAGAAGUUCGGCGGCCCAGUGCAGAUCACAGCUGCGUGCUGUUACGGCGGCGCAAGCCGCAAGGAUCAGGAAUGGGCAAUAAAUACGGGGCCAGACUGUCUCAUUGCCACGCCUGGUCGGCUGAAUGACUUUGUCCAGAAGAAGCAGGUCCGUUUGGACCAAGUGCGGUUCACAAUCAUUGAUGAGGCAGAUCGCAUGCUGGACAUGGGCUUCGAGCCGCAAAUCAAGCAGGUCCUGGAUGAGGCCGACCCGACUUCUCCCGUGUAA